GUGUCCGCGAGACCCAGCUGUGUUCUUACAUUAUUAAGGCUCUUAUGUUGCUGCUGAUAACUUUGCCAACCAGCGGCAUCUUUAGUAGCACCCCCUCCCCCCAGCAAUCAGUAGCCUACAAAUAAGCAUCGUAUACAACAAUUCAGCGAGAUAGAUUUGGCCAAACGUGGGCCCGGAGCGACCGCACCCCCCGGUCCGCUUAUGAGGCUAGCCCGACCACGGAGGGGAGUCUCCGUUGAGUGUGUGUGUGUGUGUGUGAGAGAGAGAGAGCAGGGCAAGGAAAGGCUGUGUGAGUUUUAGCCUAACUAACGACAAUGGACGACAGAGUGGGCGAUCUAGCCCUACUUGUCCUGUGAACUCCAAAGAGCUUCACGAUCUCCCUAAUAGGAGAGGUAACCCUCUAUUCCCUCCAGUGGUAUCCACAGAAGGUCUCCACGGUGGUGGUCUACAUAAUCAGCCAGAGACCUUAUGCUGCUUUCGAGGAUGUCAUGGAAAUCCGCCGCCCGAGUUGCUCUGACGUGCAAACGUGACGUAAUUGCCUGGCUCGUACCACUUAUAGUGUUCCAAAUGCGUCUUUGGGCAUUUGCUACAGGACGAGUUGGAAAGAACAUGGACGCCACCAGUGCAGCAGCUGCCAUGCUAAUGACAUACUAUAGAAGUACUAUAAAACUACUAUAGUGGCUUUAGGAUAUUAUAGAGGUAUUACAGAACAUAACAAACGUCUGAGCUGUACUGUAAUCACAGAAGUAGUCAUAUAGUAGGCUACUUCUAUAGUAUGCCUGUCCAUUGUCUACUAAACCACUAGCAGCAACACACAUUAUAAUGUUUUUCUACAGAAACACGAACAUUUCAAGUAAUUCCAUUGUUGCAAGUCUUACAUUUCAGUACUAUUUAGCCAUUUUUGCCUAUUUCAUUUUUCAACAAGUGCAGUCGCAUUUUUCUCGAGCCACCAGGGGCAGUGGCAGGCUAGUUGUUGUUAUUGUUAGCAUUGUAGCCUUUUAGCAAACCAGUUCGAAAACAAAACAUUACAUUGUAUUGCACGCACAGCAGAACCGUGUAAUGCAUACAUUGGUGACCGGACUGAAGCAGCAAUGUAAAUAGGUGUGUACGAACAUUUAAAAUCGACAUUAAAACGACCAACGUAGUACAAAUACAAAGACAAUCAACUUUACAUGAAAUGUGGGCGCAGCCAUCUUUGUUUAUCUUUGUUGUGCGAGUUGUACGUUCUUCCUGGUUCAGCUCGGAUUACUGAGGAGCCCGAGUCGGACGGCUGAUAUUACGACCUAAAGGGGGCGUGUCUUCCCAAAAUGCCGCAAGAAAGCUGGGUAAUUUACACUUUCCAACCCGGGCGGCGGAUUUACGAGACAAAUAAAAAGCAGCAUUAGUGCAGCUGCAAACUCCUCCAUUCACUUUUAACACCUACGUCAAUAUUGGCGCCAGACCGAGGCUCGGUUUGUAACUUCUCCGGAAGUAGAUAGAUAUCGCUAUUUGUUUACGGACCUGGAAACACCAUGUCAUGGUACUGCUGCGAGGGAUUCAUGUCGGAAUAAAACUUUCCAUCGGUUUCCAGUGAAUCCUAAAAUACGCCGAGAGUGGAUUGUGAAAAUAAGGAGAGACAUUGGUCCACAUUUUCAGGCUUGGCCUUUUCCCUGCUGGCCUCGUUGCCUGCCAGCUAUGGGCUCUACACAGCCUUCUUCCCCACUAUAGUCUACUUCUUCCUGGGCACCUCCCGGCACAUCUCAGUGGGCUCCUUCCCAGUUCUGAGUCUCAUGGUGGGGCAGGUGGUGACACGUCUGGUGCCGGACACAGGGCCUACAGCCAACAUCACCGGCUUUGAGGGACUCACUCCAAAUGAGCAGAGGGUCCUCGUCGCCUCCUCUGUCACCUUUCUCACCGGACUGAUCCAGUUGGGGAUGGGACUGCUGCAAGCAGGCUUCAUCGUUAUCUACCUGUCGGACACCCUGGUGUCCGGCUUCACCGCGGCUGCAGCCAUCCUCAUCCUGGUGUCGCAGCUGAAGUUCAUCUUGGGUCUCACUGUACCUGGAAUAAGUGGCCCGCUGUCCCUUAUAUAUACACUGGAGAAAAUCUUCUCCCAGAUCACCUCCACCAAUAUCUGUGAUCUGGUGAUGUCCAUGGUGAUCAUGCUAGCUGUGUUUGUAGUGAAGGAGAUCAAUGACAAGUACAAGUCAAAGCUUCCGGUGCCAAUACCUAUAGAAGUCAUUAUGACCAUAAUUGCAUGCGGCGUAUCGUAUGGCUUCAACUUCAAGGAGCGGUUCAGGAUAGACGUGGUGGGUCAGAUGGUGAAGGGAUAUGAGUCCCCAAUGCUUCCAAAUGUGGAAGUCAUGGAAUGCAGCAUAGCAGAGGCGAUCCCCAUGGCUGUAGUGGGAUUUGCGGUGGCCUUUUCUGUGGCCAAGGUCUAUGCUGUCAAACAUGACUAUGUCAUUGAUGGAAACCAGGAGCUGGUGGCUUUUGGGGCCAGCAACAUUGUUGGUGCGUUGUUCAAAUCGACUGUGGCGAGUACGGCCCCCUCGAGGACAGCAAUGCAGGAGAGCACAGGAGGGAAGACACAAAUUGCAAGUCUUGUUUCGGCCAUGAUGGCAAUGAUUGUCACUGUGGCGAUCGGGUUCCUGCUCGAACCCUUGCCAAAGUCUGUCCUAGGUGCCUUGGUGAUUGUUAACCUGAAGGGGAUGCUGCUACAGGUGACUGAAGUGCCUUACCUGUGGACGAGAGACCGGCUGGACUGUGUGGUGUGGCUGGGGACGUGCGUGGCGUCCAUCCUGCUGGGGCUGGACCUGGGGCUGGCCGCGGGGCUGGGCAUCGAGCUGUUCACAGUCGUCUUCAGGGCUCAGUUUCCCCGUUGUGCAGUGAUGGCCAACAUCUCGGGCACCGAUCUGUACAGAGACCGCAAGGAUUACCUCUGUAUCUCAGAACCAGAAGGAGUGACGAUCUUCAGAAUCCCCUCGCCCAUAUUCUUUGCCAACAUUGAGUUCUUCAGGACGAAGCUAACGGAAGCUGUGGGGUUCAGUCCUCUAAGAGUGUUAAGGAAGCGGAACAAGGCCUUGAGGAAGAUCCGGAAGAAGGGGUCACUAUUGGUUACAAGGCGAGGAAUUUUGCCCACUGGUUCCUCCCCCAUUGAUGAGUCGGAGGACGAACGCAACAUGGAGGAUCUGGACCUGCCCCCUGAUUACUCCGACCUGCCCGUGGAGGUCAACUGGAACUCCCAGCUCCCUGCCAACAUCUGUGUACCCCCGGUGCCCAUCCACAGCCUCGUCCUGGACUUCGCCGCCGUCUCUUUCCUGGACACGUCUGCCAUGAAAGGCCUCAAAGCCGCAUUAAAAGAAUUCAUACGAGUGGAUGUGGAGGUCUACAUAGUGUCCUGUGAUGUGGAUAUUUUGGACAAACUCUACAGGUCUAAGUUUUUUGACGACGAGAUCAGGAUAUCUAUGUUCUUCCCAACGCUUCACGAUGCCAUGAUGUACGUGCAAAGGAAACAAGACAACACACGCAAGGACGAGCUGAAAGAUGUUUACAUCCAGGCAGAGGUUUCCUCCACCCAGAUCUAGCGAUGAAACUCCUUCCCGUGUCAACAGAUCUCUUUGCAUCAGUUAUUCCAAAAGGUCCAUCCAGUUGUAACUCACUAAUGCAUAAAGUCUUUUU